CCAAAAACAUGAGAGUUUCACUUCUUAACAGAGGGCAGGAGGAAAUAGAAUGGCAGAGAAGGCAGAGAAUGAUAGUGGUUGUAAUGACGUAAUGACUUUCUAGGAACGUCGUGAAGACGAUAUCUUAGAAAACCAAAUGUAACUUAAGCGAGUGACCAGUUUGUGUGAGCGUGAGGAAGUACCACAGUACGCAGGGUUGUGUUGGGUGGCAGCUGCCAGGUGUGAAAGUUCCUUAGGAAAUGGCUCUGGCGAAGCAUGGGACGUAGUUCGUGUGGGAAGACAAUUUUUGACAGCAGAAAUUAGUGCGAAAGACCUAGGUUGUCCAAGUCCUGGAGGUGAACAUGUGCAGGCCUCUGCAAAUGAGCGAGCAGGGCGUGCGUCAUUAUACAGCCUGGGCAUACAGACACGAGUUUGAAGAUAACACGGUGCCUGAGAUUCAGCUUAUUAACUUGGGCAAUGCUGUUUUGACAUCAAAGGCUCUAGCAAUUUGUGACCUUGUACAUUUUGACUUUUUGGAUCCUCCACCUCCUGAGACACUGGAUGUUCUGCUUUAUGGCAAUUGUUGGCAUUAGAGCAGUUACAUGCACUUGGGCCACUCAACCAUCAUGGAGAACUAACAACACUGGGCCAUCGAAUGGCUGAAUUUCCUGUUCAUCCCAUGAUAGCAAAAAUGAUCCUUGCAUCAGAAAAGUAUAAGUGGUCAGAAGAGUUUCUGACUAUUGCUGCAAUGCUUCCUGUAAAUUGUGCCAUUUUCUACGGACCCAAGGACAAGACAGUCCAUGCUGAUGCUGCACAACAUAGCCUCUUUACACCAGAUGGUGAUCAUCUCAUGCUGCUGAAUAUUGACACACAGUGGUGUUAUGCAAAUUUCUUACAGCAUCGCUCUCUGAAACAUGCACGUGACCCACGUGAUCAGUUGGCAGGGCUAAUGGCACGUGUUGAUAUAGAUCUGGUUUCAGGAGCAGGUGACACUGCUGGAAUCAGGAAGGCUUUUUUCUCAUAUGCUUUACUGAUGUAUUAUCAACAGACUCAACUGAAGUCAGUGGAAAAAGUUGAUUUACAGAAGAACUAAUUGUUCAAGGUUGAACUUCAUGAUAUCUGAGCGCUGUGAUAUUUGUGCUGAGAUUAUUUUCCUUCUCUACAACAGGAAAAAUCUGAAGAACUAAAUUGAAUGAUAGUAUUUCUUUACUCAGAUCAUGCAAGUGUAAUCCAUGUUUAAUACACAAGUGUCUAUUUUAAUUUACUUCCAUCACACUGAGAUGUGGAAAUAGUUUUUGACCUUUAGUAGUUUUCUAUUAAAAUUAGUAAUUUCAUUGAGUAAUAUUAGGACCUUUUAGGUAAUGCCUAUGAGGGACUGUUAAAAGAAUCACAUUCAUAUGAGUGACUCUUAAUGAAUUCAAUAAAAUCAUUAAAAACCA